CUCCAACUGUCACCUCCAAGCGCCCUCCAAGAAACAAGUUGGGCAGAUCGUAGAUCCAAGACGACAAAAAGAAAGGGGGUGCAGCAGAUCUGCGUCCAUUGUCCAACCGCAGCGGCAACCACUGCAGCAUAACCGCAACCGCAACCGCGCCCAACGAGAGAGGGGUGGGCGGGAAUGGGAUGCAUGAAAGGAGAAAAUGGAAGUUAGACGCGCGCUCCCCAGCUCAGCACCAUCUCCAGAUUCCACAGCCCAAUCGAGCCGCUGAAAUCGAACAAGUGUCUCGCCCAACGAAAGAAAAAAAAGAGAGCAAAGCCUUGAGUUCUCCUAUAAUAAGGCUUCCCUAUUUAGAUAAGAAGGUGCAUCAUUACAAUAGCCAGAACUCAAGUAUCCGCACCAAAGGAAGAGAGGAAGAAUGGAAGCGGCUACGGCAAAUACACCUUCACACUCGCACGUGAGGUGAGGACGCUGAAGUAGACACAUGGAAUUUAUCCCAAUACUAGUAUACCAAUGGUCGAUAGAA